UUUAUGUUCUCAAAAUCAGUUGUUUACAUAUUUUUUCAACGGAAAAUCCGAUGAAUGUAGGAAUUUUUUUAAAUGCAGUCAGGAGUUAUUUUUUAUUUGUAUGGAAUAUAUACAAUGCUAUAUUUCUCCCGAAAGUUUACACUGGCUCUUAAAUGCCAAUUGUACUAGAUUUAUAUAAAGUUAAAAAAAAUGGAAGUAUCAAGCAGAUGUUUCUAAUCAUUCCCUAAAAACAUAGUUAUGACUUUCAUAGAUUUGUAACAUCUAUAUAUUAGUGCUUUUUAUUAACUAUUCUCUAUUUAUAAUUACUUGAAAUCUAAUUUACUAAUCCUCUACACUUCGUCAAAUCCAAAAAUCAAAAUUGUUGACAAUGUAAACACUACCAUGUUAAAGACCCAAUUUUUGCUGAAUGGAAUCUGUUGCACAGAUUACCCUUGUGGAUAAAGCUGCUAUUGUUGUAGCUGCUUCAGUUUGGUAUCAUGAAGAUGUUAUAGAAAGAAUCAGAAAGUCUAGUUCAGGUAGGGGUAGGUUUGAUCAACAUAAGCGGGUGAAAAUGGAGAUCAAAGUAAAUAAAAAUAUACUUACUCUGCCUUUAACUGUCUCUACUCAACAAAGAGUUGAAAAUUUCAGUGUGUUUGUUGGCAAGGGUAUUGAACAAUGGAUUCAAGAUCAUUGUUUUCUGACUAUCAAUAGUUCAGUAUUAUCUAGUCUACUUUGUUGGAAUCCAAAAGGUGUUAUUGAUUGCAUUGCUACUGCUAAAAAUAUUAUCUGUCAUGAAAAAAAUUUGAUAAAUUGUUUCAGAAUAGCAUGUAUGUACUGUCUUGAAAAUUAUAUAUUUCAAUUAUGGGAUUUGAUAGAACGCCAAAAUCUUCUAUACGAUAUUCAUGUCAUGGAAUGUUUUGAAUUGAAAUUUUGGAUAUCAUAUAUAAAACAUAACAUGAAUGUUUUAAUGGAUGAGAUCCAGUACAUUGGUAACAGAGAUACUUUAUGCUUUGCUUUCAAUAUAUCUGUGACAAAUAACAAUGCAGUUUGGACUGAACAUUUUUUGAAGAAAAUGACUGAAGAUCAAAUAUGUACAAUUGCUUACCGAAAACUUAAAUAUAUUCUUGAAAUGCCCCUGGCAUUCAAUUAUAAAAUGAUUCCUCUCCUUUCUCGCUAUGUGAAUAGUGAAAUGUUCAAUGAAUUAAUUCUUAACUAUCCAGGAAUUAUUCUGCUGAAUUUUUUGCAGUUUCCUAUAAUAGAAGAUUUUCUAAAAAUUGCCAAUAAAACCAGGGAUGUUCUUACAAAUGAGGAUUUCUACUUAAUUAUAGAAAGAAUGGCUCAUUUCUUACAAGAAUAUGGUAGAAAUCAAACCUUCGAAAAUAUUUCUCAACAAUUCUGGAAAAAUAGCACUGAUCAUUGUAAAAUUUAUGUCAUACAAAAAUGUAUAAAUGGAAGCUUUUUAAAUCGAUUAGCUUUAUUGAAACAUAGUAGUCCAAUUGUUCAAUUAAUUAUUCAAAGUUCAACAACUCAUCAAAAGAAAGAGAUGAUAUUUUCUUAUAAUGGAAUAAUUUUUUUCGACUCUUUAAUACGAAAGAAUAGAUGGGGCUGUUUUUCUAUGUCAAUUCAAGAAUUUGUUGGUUCAGAAGAUAGAGAGAAUUGGAUAAAUGAACUGAUACAGACAUACCAGCAUAUUUUUAAAAUCAGCCGCUUUCCUUCAUUUACAUCUGAAGAUUAUAAAAAACUUAUUAAUAUUUUAAAACAAACAAAAGAAUUAAAAUACAUAUCUGAAUAAAAACAUUUUUAUGCCAAAAGCUUUUUAUAUUGGGUCAAUAAGCAUCUAAUUUCAUUUGAACUGAUUUAAAAAGAUUAAAUAUCAAAGUUCUAUUGGUAGAGUUGCAGUUUUUAAAUCAUU